GACAGUGGACAUGAGGCCCUUUGAGACUGUGCGGGGGAGUUUAUUGCUGGUUAUAAGGACUUGAAAACCACUCCCAUCUGCAGAAAAUUGGCAACAUCUCUGAGGAGCCUUUGCUUUUCCUGGGACCCCCAGCAUCAUGGUUCCCCAUUUCAUGGGGUCUCUCAGUGUCCUGGGUUCCCUCCUGCUGCUUGGAUUCCAGCUCGUCUGCCCACAGCCCUCCACUGAACACAGAAAGGUCCCUCAGCGGCUGGUGGCGGCGGCCGAAGGCGCCCCGGAGGACAGCGGCGGCGGCGCCCCGGGCGUGUGGGGCGCCUGGGGCCCCUGGUCCGCCUGCUCGCGCAGCUGCAGCGGCGGCGUGAUGGAGCAGACGCGGCCCUGCCUGCCCGGCUCGUACCGCGCGCGCAGUGGCCCGCGGCCCGGAGCCCCGGCGCGCGCCUUCGCCGGCCACGUGGUGUCUGCCGUGCGCACGUCGGUACCGCUGCACCGGAGCCGCGAGGAGCCGCGCGCCCCGGCCAGCCUCAACGCCAGCCGCCAGGGCCCGGUGCUGCGGGGCAGCCGGCACCCGCAGGCCCGGGGCCGCGAACCGACGGGGGAAAGAAGGAGCAGGACCCAAGGUCCCAUCGGCCCUGGCAAGUAUGGCUAUGGUAAGGCGCCGUACAUCUUACCACUGCAGACGGACUCUGCCCACUCGCCGCAGAGGCUUCGGAGGCAAAGGCCCUCAUCUCAGCAUUCCAGGUCCCAGGGAGCAUCUGGUCCUAGCCAUGGCUACAGCCCACCGGCCCACCGGGCCCCCCAGCAUGGGUCUCUGUACCAGAGUGACAGUGGCCCUCGUUCUGGACUGCAGGCCUCAGAGGCCUCUAUCUACCAGGUGCCUUUGACCCAUGACCAAGGCUUCCCUGCAGCUUCAAGUCUGUUCCAUAGCCCGGAAACAGGCAGCAGCCAUGGCGUGGGGGCACACAGGGCAGCUCAGAGCUUCUCCCAGCCUGCCCGGUCUACAGCAAUCUCCUGCAUUGGGGCCUAUCGGCAGUACAAGCUGUGCAACACCAACGUAUGCCCAGAAAGCAGUAGAAGCAUCCGAGAGGUACAAUGUGCAUCCUACAACAACAAGCCAUUCAUGGGCCGAUUUUAUGAAUGGGAACCAUUUGCAGAAGUGAAGGGCAAUCGGAAGUGUGAGCUGAACUGCCAGGCAAUGGGCUACCGCUUCUACGUACGGCAAGCUGAGAAGGUCAUUGAUGGAACCCCCUGCGACCAGAACGGCACGGCCAUCUGUGUGUCUGGGCAGUGCAAGAGCAUUGGCUGUGACGACUACCUAGGCUCCGACAAAGUCGUGGACAAAUGUGGGGUGUGCGGAGGCGAUAACACGGGCUGUCAGGUUGUGUCAGGCGUGUUUAAGCAUGCCCUCACCAGCCUGGGCUACCACCGAGUUGUUGAGAUUCCCCAAGGAGCCACAAAAAUCAACAUCACCGAGAUGUACAAGAGCAACAACUAUUUGGCCUUGCGAAGUCGUUCUGGCCGCUCCAUCAUCAACGGGAACUGGGCAAUUGACCGGCCUGGAAAAUAUGAGGGGGGAGGGACAAUGUUCACCUACAAGCGUCCAAAUGAGAUUUCAAGCACUGCUGGAGAGUCCUUUUUGGCCGAAGGUCCCACUAAUGAGAUCUUGGAUGUCUAUAUGAUACACCAGCAGCCUAACCCAGGAGUCCACUACGAGUACGUCAUCAUGGGGACCAACGCCAUCAGCCCACAGGUGCCACCUCACAGGAGACCAGGGGAGCCUUUCAAUGGCCAGCUGGUCACAGAAGGGAGGAGCCAGGACGAGGGAGAAGAGAGGAAUGAGGAGAAGGAAGGUGUGCAUGGUGGGGCACCUGAAAUGUUCACCCCGGAAUCAGCACACACCUUCCCAGUCAGGCAUCCAGAUAGAUUUUCCUCCCAUCAUCCAGACAAUUUGGUGCCACCGGCACCACAGCCCCCACGGCGAAGCCGGGAUCACAACUGGAAACAGCUUGGGACGACGGAGUGCUCGACGACCUGUGGGAAAGGAUCGCAGCACCCUGUUUUUCGCUGUGUGCACAGAAGCACUCACGAAGAGGUUCCUGAGAGCUACUGUGACUCCAGCAUGAAGCCGACCCCCGAGGAGGAGCCCUGCAACAUCUUCCCUUGCCCGGCCUUCUGGGACAUUGGGGAGUGGUCUGAGUGCAGCAAAACCUGUGGCCUGGGCAUGCAGCAUCGCCAGGUUCUGUGCCGCCAGGUGUACGCCAACCGAAGCCUGACGGUGCAGCCCUACCGCUGCCAGCACCUGGAGAAGCCCGAGACCACCAGCACCUGCCAGCUCAAGAUCUGCAGCGAGUGGCAGAUCCGGACCGACUGGACCUCGUGCUCGGUGCCCUGUGGAGUGGGACAGAGGACCCGAGACGUGAAGUGUGUGAGCAACAUUGGGGAUGUGGUUGCCGACGAGGAAUGCAACAUGAAGCUCCGGCCGAAUGACAUUGAGAACUGCGACAUGGGACCCUGUGCGAAGAGCUGGUUCCUCACGGAGUGGAGUGAAAGGUGCUCGGCGGAGUGUGGGGCUGGAGUGCGGACCCGCUCGGUGGUGUGCAUGACCAACCACGUCAGCAGCCUGCCCCUGGAGGGCUGUGGGAACAACCGGCCUGCUGAGGCCACCCCGUGUGACAAUGGGCCCUGCAUGGGCAAGGUGGAGUGGUUUGCGGGGAGCUGGAGUCAGUGUUCCAUCGAGUGUGGGAGCGGGACCCAACAGAGGGAGGUGAUUUGUGUUAGGAAGAAUGCAGACACUUUUGAAGUGCUGGACCCCUAUGAAUGUUCCUUCCUGGAGAAACCCCCCAGCCAGCAAUCCUGCCACCUUAAGCCUUGUGGGGCCAAAUGGUUUAACACAGAAUGGAGCAUGUGCUCCAAGAGCUGCCAGGGCGGCUUCCGGGUCCGGGAAGUGCGCUGUCUGUCAGAUGACAUGACCUUAAGUAAUCUCUGUGACCCUCAAUUGAAACCAGAAGAGAAAGAAUCUUGUAACCCUCAGGACUGUGUCCCUGAAGUUGAUGAAAACUGCAAGGACAGGUACUACAACUGCAACGUGGUGGUCCAGGCACGGCUCUGCGUCUACAACUACUACAAGACAGCCUGCUGUGCCUCCUGCACUCGCGUGGCCAACAGGCACCCCGGCUUCCUGGGGAGCAGAUAACACCCUGCACCCCACCAGGAGUGCGGGUCGGGGCGUCUCUGAGCAGUGGGACUGGUUGGCUACUGCUCCACCAGGGGCUCCCUGGCUCAGGGCACUGCCAGCCACGUG